CUGACUCCGCACCGGAAGGAAGCGCUGGCCUCCGGAUCCGUCCGCCCGCCCGGCCGGCCAUGCUCCUGCGGCCGCUGCGCAGCUGGGCCUCCCGGGCGCUGCGCCGGGAGGGGCCCGGGAGCCCCGCCUGGAGACCGGGGCUGCGGGGGGCGCAGCGCCGGGCCUGGCCUCGGGGUAACGCGUCUCUGGAUAAAGAAAAUGAGAAAGAGAAAAAGACCGUGAUCUGUGUUGAGGGCAAUAUAGCCAGCGGGAAGACGACGUGCCUGGAGUUCUUCGCCAACACAACAGACAUCGAGGUGAUUCCGGAGCCUGUGCACAAGUGGAGAAAUGUCCGUGGCCACAAUCCUCUGGGUCUGAUGUACCGUGAUGCCUGUCGAUGGGGCCUCACGCUGCAGACAUACGUGCAGCUCACCAUGCUGGACCAGCGCACUUGUCCGCAGACGUCACCUGUACGGUUAAUGGAGCGGUCGAUUCACAGCGCAAGAUACAUUUUUGUAGAAAACCUGUAUAGAAGCGGGAAGAUGCCCGAAGUGGACUACGUGGUUUUGUCGGAAUGGUAUGACUGGAUCGUCAGGAACAUCGACGUGUCCGUGGAUUUGAUAGUGUAUCUCCGGACCACUCCCGAGACCUGCUAUCAGAGGUUAAAGAUGAGAUGCAGGGACGAGGAGAAGGUCAUCCCACUGGAAUACCUGGAUGCUAUUCACCGCCUCUACGAGGAGUGGCUCGCCAAAGGGGGCCUUUUCCCCAUAGUGGCCCCUGUUCUGGUGAUUGAGGCUGACCACGACAUGCAGAAAAUGUUAGAACUCUUUGAACAAAACCGGGACCGGAUAUUGACUCCAGGGAAUCGGACACAUGGUCCAUAGGACAGGAAACAUCGUGCCAGAAGAAUGCCCACGGCUGCCAAGUGAGCCCUUGGGAGCAAUGUGGAAAACCUCCUCUUGGGAGGGCUUUGAAUCUGGCCAGAUUUGUUUUCCGAAUGGUCUUUCUCCUUUGCUGGUGUCUUUAUCCUGGUUUCUGGCCCUAGGGGGUAAGUGACGAAUGGGCCACUGGGUUUGCCAUGCCUUUCAGUGUGCGCAGCCCUGCUGGGCCCCUCUAAUGAAGCCCUGAGGAAGGGCUGGCUGACAUCUGCUGGGCUCCUGGUCUCACCCGUCAGGCCACACAGGAGGGUGAGAGUGGGCUUACAUCCCAGAAGUUGAAGCUCAGAGAGGCUAAGGGACUCCCCAAGGUCUCACAGCCAGGGAGUCGGCAUCAUCCAGCCUUCUGGCAAUUCCAAAAAUGUUCCCCUGCCCCAGGCCAGUGCCUGGGGCAAAGGUCAUCGUUUGUUUGUGAUUUUAGCAGCUCUCAGGACAAUCAGCAUUUCUAGACGUUCACAAAAUUGUGCCGUGUUUGGCCCAAGGCCAGCGUUCAUUGGUUUCUCAGCACAGGCCACUGUGGCAUUCACACCCGGGCACCUGGGCGUCCAUCCGUGGGAGGAUUCUUCGUUGGCUCUGAAUGGUGGUUGUCUCCUGCUGAUGAAGGUCUUGCUGCCCUUCGCUCUCAGGGAAGUGGCCUGUGCCCCUGGCCGGUCUGCCCAGCGCCGAGCAGGCAAGGGGCCUCCAGCCCUGGCUUCCGAGCUCCCUUACCCCAUAGUGGCCUUGUAUGCGACUGAGAGUCUGUUCCCGGGAGAGGGGGUUGUGGGGGGGGAGACAUGCAAGGGGUCUUAAGUCUUCCAAUCCAAGGGACACCUUCAACCAUAAAGCAUGAACCAUCUUUAUGGGUUCAGAAAAGAUCUUAGCUUCGCUCAGCUGGAACAGUGCCUUGAGGCACAGCUGUCCCUUGAGUCACGCGGGAACAAGGGGAAGGAAGCGCGUUCUCUGGGACAGUCCGGGUGGGAAAGCCGGGCUUGCAGGCGGAGCGCUUGGAGCGCUGGAGGGUGGAGGAGAGCAGAGGCCUCAAGAGCAGUGGUUGCAAACACAGGGAGGGGCCGUUGUGAACUCUGGGGAGGCAGGCCUGGACCCCUCUCUCCCUGAGAAGCGGUUGGUGGAAAUGAAGGUUGGGAGGCCUUGUUCCAGCCUCUGUGGGUGUGGCACCCGGCACCAAAUAGGUGGCAGGUGCUCCCAGUCCCAGAGGGAGGCGAAGGGGCAAGCACGCUGUCUGGACUGCUGCUUGGGCUGUGUGGGCGGGAGGAGGGGCAGCAACCCGAAUGAUUGACUGGGAACCUGGAGGAGGCGGAGCCCCUGCUGCCAGGACCCUUCACCUGCGGGGCCAUCUCUGAGAAUUUGUAUGUGAUUGGGCCACUGCUUUUCCCACGGCUCAGUCUGAGCAUCUGCUCUGGGGGAAAUGUGAUUUUUUUUU